CCCCGCGCCCCCGCGCUUGCGCGUUGGCCGCCAGGACGCAGCGAUGGCGGCUGCGGCGGUGGCGGCCCGCGAGGUCCUCCGGGAAUGCGGCUGCAAGGGCAUCCGGACCUGUUUGAUCUGCGAGCGGCAGCGUGGAGGUGACCCGCCCUGGCAGCAUCCCCCUCAGAAAACGCACCGCUUCAUUUACUACUCUGAUACUGGCUGGGCCGUGGGGGCCGAGGAGUCUGACUUCGAAGGCUGGGCCUUCCCCUUCCCUGGUGUGACGCUGAUAGAGGACUUCGUGACCCGGGAGGAAGAGGCCGAGCUGGUGCAGCUGAUGGACCGGGAGCCUUGGAAGCUCUCCCAGUCUGGGCGGAGGAAGCAGGACUACGGCCCCAAAGUCAACUUUAGGAAACAGAAGCUCAAGACUGCAGGCUUCAGAGGCCUCCCCAGUUUCAGCCAGGAAGUGGUGCGGAGGAUGGGCCUGUACCCCAUCCUGGAGGACUUCCGGCCCGUGGAGCAGUGUAACCUGGACUACUGCCCUGAGCGGGGCUCGGCCAUUGACCCCCACCUGGACGACGCCUGGCUGUGGGGGGAGCGGCUGGUGAGCCUCAACCUCCUGUCCCCAACCGUGCUGUCCAUGUCCCGGGAGGCACCCGGCAGCCUGCUGCUCUGUCUGGCCCCAUCCGGCUUCCCGGAGGCCUUGAUGGAGGGCGUGAUGGCCCCCAGCAGGUCCGUCUUGUGCCAGGAGGUGGAGGUGGCCGUCCCCUUGCCCCGCCGCUCUCUUCUUGUGCUCACGGGUGCCGCGCGGCACCAGUGGAAACACGCCAUCCACCGCAGACACAUCGAGGCCCGCCGCGUGUGCGCCACCUUCAGGGAGCUGUCGGCCGAGUUCCGGCCCGGCGGGAGGCAGCAAGAACUGGGGCAGGAACUCCUGCAGAUCUCUCUCUCCUUUCAGGGGAGACCUAUGUGAGCCACGUCCCCGGGGCGGGAGCUGGCGCGGGGCCGGGCCAGAGUGCCGGCUCUAGGGUUGACCGCCUGCCGGGAUGGAGGGGCGGGAAGCCCAGCACAAGGGGCUUUCUCCCCAGCUUCUUAGCUUUUCAGAGAAGACUGCUCAGCACCCUGACACCGCGACAGUGGGAGCCCUGCCCGGGAGCCGGGUGUGACGGGAAUAUGCCUUGGGUCAGUCCUGUUUGACCCGCACCACGGCCACCUGUGUGGCUUGUCACAGUUUGAGGGCAGUGGGGUCAUUUGAGCUCAAACACGUUGGUACCACCUGAAA